GAGCCAAGCGCGCCGCCGGGGCCAGCCAGCCGCGCCGUCCGAGCAGCGCGGAGCGGAGCGGGAGCCCGAGCCGGGAGCCGCCUGCCGGGCGCGGGGCGCCGGAAGCAGCGCGGAGCCGGAGCGGAGCACGCGAGCUAUGAUGUCGACCUACAAGCGGGCCACGCUGGACGAGGAGGAGCUGGUGGACUCGCUGUCCGAGGGCGACGUGUACCCCAACGGCCUGCAGGUGAACUUUCGCAGCCCCCGGAGCGGCCAGAGGUGCUGGGCCUCGCGGACCCAAGCGGAGAAGCGGCUGGUGGUGCUGGUGGCACUUCUGGCGGCAGCGCUGGUGGCCUGCUUGGCAGCGCUGGGCAUCCAGUACCGGACAAGAACCCCCUCGGUGUGCCUGAGCGAGGCCUGCGUGUCAGUGACCAGCUCCAUCCUGAGCUCCAUGGACCCCACAGUGGACCCUUGCCAGGACUUCUUCAGCUACGCCUGUGGUGGCUGGAUCAAGGCCAACCCUGUGCCUGACGGCCACUCACGCUGGGGCACCUUCAGCAACCUCUGGGAACACAAUCAAGCCAUCAUUAAGCACCUCCUCGGUAAGCACCUGGUGGGAAGGGCAAUGAGUGGGCCGCAGCGCGGAGCUGUCAGCUGGACCAUCCCAGCCAUGCCCGGUUAA